AUGCCAAAGCGUCUGAGAGGAGACUCGCCGACGGAUUUGCCAUCACAGAAACGAUUUCGAGAUGUAACACCGACUUCAGUCGAUCGCCUAUCUUCUUUGAGCAAUGAGCUUUUGCUACAUAUACUUUCGUUUCUUCCGAUGUCGUCUCUGAAUGUGUGUCAAAGGCUAUCCCACCGAUUCCACGCUCUCGGUGGAGACUCUGAGCUCUGGAAGCGACAGUAUUACUCGCAGUGGGUGCGACCUCGUGCCCGUCGUCUAGCUAAUACAAGACGCUCUACAUUGCCAACUCGGGCGGAGUAUUCACCUAAAGUUUCAACCUGGCUUGAUCAUAGCCAUCUGGCGGAAGAGGGAAAGAUCACCAAUUGGAAACGGCAAUAUCGCCUACGGCACAAUUGGUCCAACGGAUCCUGUCGAGUGACAGAAGUGGAAUUUCCUGAAUCCCCCUGUCCUCCUGUGCUGGUCAAACUCUGUGCCGGCAUUGUCUUCACGGCUGAUUCUACCCAUGGGCUUCGAGCGUGGGCCGCAAAAGACCCAACCAACUAUAUUUCCAGCAUCUCAUUUGCGGCGCCAGAUAUUUCUUCCACCCGGCCAACGUCUUUGGCAGUGGGCCAGCUACCAGAUGAGCAAGAAAUCCUUGUGGGAUUUGAGGAUGGUCGCUUCAGUCGUUACACAUUUGAGGUUCAGGAAUGCCAUUUGACCCUACGAUCCUGCCACGUUGGAUUUAGGAAUGGUGCCAUCACGGCCAUGGCUUUGUCAUCGCCUUAUCUUUUGAUGGUGUCUCAGCAUAAGCUUCUAUCUCUAUAUAAUCUACACCCUCGGUCCGACGGCGGAAAAUAUCAAGAAGCCGUAGAGCCGCGUGAAAUUGCGUCUCUCCAAGCGGAAAAUAUGGUCGCCCCGAUGACCCUCUCUCUCCGCACUUCAGUAUCCGAGAUUGUGGCAACCAUUGUUUACAGUUUUUAUCAUAUUGGCUGUGGCUGGUCGCUCGGGAUUCAGGAGUUGCGGUUCAACAAGGAUGGUCAACAAUUGGAGUCCAGACUUACCAGUACUGUGGAUUCUCAGUACGGCAUUCGUCCCCUUCAAGGUAUUCCAUCAUCCAUCAGACGGCAGCACUUCAAUACUGUCGAUAAUAUCAUUUCUUCUGUGACGCCUACCGAGCCUUCCAUCUUGCACCAGCAACCACCAACAUCCAUGUCCUAUUCCCAUCCAUACCUACUGACAUCGCACGUGGAUAACACCCUGACGAUGUACCUGCUUGUCUCGAAUUCCCACAGCCUUUUUGUUCGCGGUGGCCAGCGACUUUGGGGCCACACGUCUUCGGUUUCUGCAGUUCAGGUGACCAAUCGAGGAAAGGCAGUCUCUGUGAGCUCACUGGGUAAUGAGAUCCGGAUUUGGGAGCUUGAAACAACUGUACCAUCCCUCGGUAACCAUAAACCCUUAAAAGAGGAGAGCAGCAUUCAAGUCAGUCCUGGCAAUCGAGGCCUGGAAAGCAGAAUAAGUGCAUCCAAAGGCAGAAACCUCCCACAAGAAAUUGGUGGCUUGGAAUUUGUUUCUAGGACACCUCAUGGCUGUAUGCAUGAAUGUGUUGGAUUUGAUGAAGAGCGAGUUCUAUUACUCCGGGAGAAGACGGUCGGCACCCGGUUACUGGAAUGUUAUGAUUUCACAUAA